CAGCCCGUUGCUCUCGCCCCUGUGGUCAUCCAUGGGACUGACGCUCGCCGCAUUUCGCUGCUUGAGCUAGACGGCCGCACACGCCUGUAGUAUUAUCCCAGCGGCAGAGACCGACAGCACUGUAGAACCCUUCCCUCCAGCCCUUCCCUUCCCUUAGAUCAGCAUGUACCAGCACCAGCACCAGCAGCAUCAGCAGCAGGCAUCCGGUUCUGCUGUUGGUCAGCCUGGUGUGGGAGACGGCGGCAGCCCGGCGUAUCCGCUGGACACGGAGAAGACGCUGCGUCCGGCUCUGCAGGACGUGUGUCACGAGUACCCCUAUGAGGAGCUGCUUAGGGCGACCAACAACUUCGCUGCCGCCAGCCGGCUGGGCGAGGGCGCCAACGGGACCGUCUACAAGGGCACACUCAACAACUUCACAGAGGUCGCCAUCAAAGUACUCAGGGUGAGCAGAGCCGUCAGUCUGUCAGUCAGGACAGACCGACCCGAGCCGUGAGUGUCCACGUGUGGGUGUCGAUCCGACAGGUGCCGACAGAGGGUGGAUUCGAGGAUGAGAUCCGUGUGUUGAGCAAGUUCCGCCACCCCAACCUGGUCACCCUCCUCGGGUGGGCGCGCCACGGCACCGACCGUCUGCUGGUGUACGAGCUGCUCAAGGGCGGCGACGUGUGUGACGUGCUGCACCCCAAGUCGGACAAGCACGGUGGUAGGCCCUUCCCCUGGCAGCACCGCCUCAACGUGGCCUACGAGGCGGCCUGCGGCCUCUCACACCUCCACUCGGCCAACCCAAAAGUCUUCCACCGCGACAUCAAGAGCGCCAACAUCCUCCUCGACAAAAACGGAACCGCCAAGAUGGCCGACUUCGGCUUGGCCUGCAAGGCCAGGCGGAGGAGCCCCGGACAGGUCAAUGUCGCUAAAGCAGAAGGUGGGUUUGGGAGAGGGGGAGGCAGAGAGAGAGAGAGAGAGAGAGAGAAAGAGAGAGAGAGAGGGGUGCUGUUUGUUUGUGUCGACUGACGUGUGUGUGUUCGAUGCCAUACAUCAACCACAGGGACGCCUGGGUACGCCGACCCGCUGUAUAUCGAGACGUUGCGAGUGACGGAGAAGACAGAAGUGUACGCUUUCGGUAAGUCAGCCAGCUCACACAUAUACACAUACCAGCUCACACAUGACUGACGGCAACAGGCGAGGGACACCCACCCACCCACACACAGCCCAUCCCUGAUAUCCCUGUUUGUCUGUGCGGUGGGUGCGUAUACAUCAAACCAUUCCAUCAGGCAUGGUGUUGCUCGAGUUGCUGACAGCCCGUCCGCCGGCCAUCUACAGCCCCGUCAACCCCACAGAGCUCAUCUACCUCAUCAAGCACAUCAACAGGCACGACCACAGGUCCGUGCUGCCGCUCGUCGACCCCAGGGCCCAGUGGCCACACAAGAUGCAGGAGGAAAUCGCCAAACUCUCACUCAGGUACACACUGAACUCAACUCACACACGCUCGUAUGAGAUGUGCGGCACAGACCCGCCGGCCAAUAAGGUCUCUGUGUGGGUCGUCCAGGUGUAUAGCUGACAAGGAGAAUGACCGCCCGACGUCAGUGGAGCUCGUGGGCGCCCUCCGCGACCUCGUCAACCAGACCCCCAACUUCCCCCAGGCACCCGCCCUGCCAAUGGCCCCCUCGCCCCCGCCAGCUGUGAGGGCGCCAUCGCCCAUGCCGGCUGGUGCCCCUGCUGCUGCUGCUGCUGCUGCUGGUGCUGCUGGUGCUGCUGGGCCCAGCCACUCGCCGCCGAUGGGACCGUAUCCUGCGCAGGCGCCCCAGCUGUAUGCCUACCAACAGGCGGCGGGCUUCGUGCAGCACUAUCUGGCGCAGCAAGGUGGGCUGGGCUGCACACGAGGGGAUACUUCUGCAGAGCAGAUGAGGUGAUUGUCGAUGUGUGUGUGUGUGUGUGUGUUCUGUUUGGUUUGUUUGGUCAGGUGGUGGCGGCGGCGCCCCGUUCCAGGCUGCGGCCAUCGGGUACUACCCCCCUCCCCCUCCCGCCGCCCCCGGCCCGCCCCAGGGGCCGCCUGCCAACCACAACAACAUCUACUACCCCCAGCCGCACACACCACCUCCCAUCCAGGCGUCACCAUCCCACCCACCAUGGGCACCUGCACCGGCAGCACCCCCAGCGGCAGCAGCAGCAGCAGCAGCCGACAACCAGGCGCGCAGCCGCACACCCAAGCCCCCCGCGUCCAUUCCCAGAUCGUGGCAGCCAUUGCGCUCGGCCACUGAGACCGACGCGCCCCACGCCGAGUUCAACGAGCCCCUCUUCUCGGUGGAGAUCGGCGGCCCUGCGGUGGAGAGCAUCCCGCCCGACCAGCGUGUGCGCAGCUUUGGGCCGCUCAAGGUGACGACUGAGGGCACUCUGGUGCUGCAGGAGAGGUACCCGGUGAUAGUGGGGCGCGGGUACGCCCCCCUGUACCACGAGAGCCUCAUCGACGACAGCUGGUUCAACUGCGUCAGCCGCAAGCACUGCGAGAUUGAGGUCGACGUGCACCGGCCCAGCGACGCCACCGUCAAGCUCGCGCUGUCCAAGGGCGCGCCCGCCAGCACCGUGGCACGCCAUUUCGGCUUCCAGUACAGGUUCCGGCUCAAGUGUCUGAGCCCCAAUCACAUCUUCCUGGGCGACGAGCUGAUCAAGAUGGGUGGGUCGGCGUAUCUGCAGCCGGACGACCGUGUGGUGCUGCUCAAGAACGCCCAGGGGGAGGUCAUGACGUACUUCACCUUGAGUGUGGCGGGGGAGGUCGCUGACGCCGUGGUGGCCGGGGGAGGGGGAGGGGAGGAGGGGGCCAAGGCCAACGGAGUGGCGGGUGAGAACGUCGUGGUCAAGGAAAUCCACGGUGAGAGGAGAAGGAAGAGAACGCCGACACAGACACACAGUGCACUCUUCACUCCCAUUCCCUCUCUCCUCUGUUGUCUCAGCUGACCAGCCCGCCCAGGGCGGCUCGCCUGCAUCUCCCCCGCGCCCACCAGCCGCAGCUGCCGUCCCCUACCGUGCGCCGAACCCCGCCCCGGCCUUCCAGCCGAGGCCACAGGCACAUGUGCCCAUUGCCGCAGCCUAUGGUGGUGCUGGUGCUGGUGGGGUGGGUGUUGGUGGGAUUCCCAAUCAGCUUCAGCAUCAAGAUGGCGUGUUCGAAAGGUACUACUACCUGAUAUGAUUAACAAACAAGGGGGUGGGGGCAGUGAGUGUGGGUGGUUUGUUUGCCCGUGAAAUGAGUGAGUCAGUGGAGUAGGUCAGUACGUGUGUGUGUGUGUGUGUGUGUUUGGUGAAAGGAAGGUCCAGCUCGCUGUGCUGGUAUGUUUGUUCGGUGCUGUGCGUGUCAACGGUUAGUUCAUUGGUUCGGCGGGGUCAGGUCAGGUAGGUAACCUACCUGAGUGAAGGCGUGUGGUGUGUUGGACGGUUGCGGUAGCAUGUGUCUAUGUGUGAGUGUGUCUGCUAAGGUCAUCCAUUUAUCCAUCCAUCCCUCUCUCCCUCCAUCUCUCAUCGAUGGUUUGGACUGAACGUAUGCCUUGUGCCGUGAUCGGUCAGUCAUUGGUGUCGCCAAGUCUCACACUCACACACCUCUACACACACGUGGACCGUCUGGAUGAUCUUCCUAGUGCGAUCGAUAGCGUCUCUGCCUGUGCCUCGCUCUCUCGCAAGCUGACUGACAUUUUCUAAACUACAUUCCAUCAAGCCCCCACCCCCACACAUCACAAUGGCUUAUCCUGUGUCCCUUCUCUCUCUCUCUCUCUCUCUCUCUGUGUGUGUGUGUGUGUGUCAUUUCAGGUUCAAGAACCUUUUUGUCGGCGACAACAACCAGCCCAUGAAGCCGUCCGACAGCCACCCGCCCUCCCAGCAGUCCCAGCAGUCUGACGGCAAGAGCGACAAGAGCACCAACGGCGCCGCCAAGGGCGUCAAGACCCGGCUGUUCGAGUCCGUCACCCCCCUGAUAGACCAGCUGCGCGAGGGCUUCCACCAGAUGACCGGCCAGCACGGCAAGGUCAUUCGAACCCCCACCAUCACCGAGGAGGACGAGGCGGCCAUGAACGGCCAUGCAUACGGCCGGCCAUCGCGGCCCCGGCCGCCCCCUGGUGCGUCGCUCGAGUCGCCUGUGAGGGGGCGGGCCCACACGGGCAGCGACGACGUGACGACCACCCACCGGGGCUCUCUGCCGUGGAAGAAGAGCAGCAGCCACUUCAGCGAGGCCGACCGCGGCCGUUCGUCCACGCCCCCGAAGCGGCUGCCCACUCCCUCGCCACGGCGGGGGUCGCCCGUGCAGAGCAUGUGGAUGGACGAGCUCAGGAAGGAAAAGGAGCAGCGGGAGUCGGGGAGCGAACACAAAGAGACCUUCCAGCCGGCCGUGCCGGCAGGGGUGCUGCGGCCACCCGUGCAGAUAGCGCCGUCGCACAGUGAGGGGAGUGCUGAUGCUGAUGGUGGGGAGCAGGACGCGUUUGACGUGCUGCGGGACAGGGCGGCGCUGCGGGAUGAUUAUGUGUGACUGAUCGGUGGGGAGCGUUGACGUAGGCUGAUAGCUAGCUACUCAUGGG